CGCAUUCUUUCAAAAUGGCGCCUUCCAGUGGUUCGCGAAGUUGAAAUAUCAACAUAUUUCUGUUAUAUUCGAGACAGUGGAAGAACAUUUUCUAUCCCUGCAGCUAUGAGGGUCGUUGCUUUGAUCAGGUAAUCCUACAUGCAAUAGUUUGUGGAUGUAAAUGUAAAUUGUAGUUAAAAAGGCGCCCGACUCAUGAGCUCAGUUGCUCACCCCCACAUGCGAACGCUCGCUUUCAACGAAAUUGCCUCUUACACCUAAUGCGUACGCCAGCCAAUCCCAGUUGUGCAUAGUUCUCGUUUUGUAAGCAAAUGGUUUGAUUUGGUUGACGCAUACAGGAACAGUGAAGCAUUAUCAGAGGGACGGGUUGAGGUGGGGAGGGGGGGGGGUAGGGGGUUGGGGGGUGAUUUGUGUUUCCCGCGGCGCGCGCGCGUCUUUGACCAUAUUGUCUCUUACCCUCAGACAGUGCCCCCGCCCCGCCCUUUUGUGGAGUUUUUUCGUGUUUUAAGGAGAUGGUUUGUUUUGGGUGGGCCAUAGAGGAAGAGGGGAAACUUGUCGGGGGGGGGGGUUGGGGGGGGGGGGGGGGGGGAAUCGGGUUUGGUGCUGACUUAUGACUUGAAGUAGUGAAGCUGAGGAGAAUCUCUUCCUAGUAAGUGUUUAUUGGAUCAUUAUACAUGUCUGGGUAGCUGACCACCUACCCCUCCCCUAAGCCCUCAUUUUGCCCUAAGUGAGAAGUAAGUGUUAAUGUUGGUUUAGGGGAGGGGUAGGUGGUCAGUUACCCAGAUACAUAAAAUGAUCCUGGGUAUUUCUCCAGAAAAAGCCUCCAGCCUCUCCCAGCUCCACUGUCCCUAGUGACGACAAAUUAUCAAGAAGUGACAGUAUGAACAGGUUAUUUUCUCCAUGAACGAGCUAUGGGGGAACAGAGGCUCCAGGGGAUCCAAACCUCUUAAUAUGUACCUGAUGUACCUUCCAUCCCUGCCCUGCCCUGCCCCUUUUUUCUUUAUUUAUUCCCUUUCCUUCCCCUUUUUUGAUGGCAAAAUAUUAAGUAUUUUUGUGUACUUUCCCCCUUUUUCUCCUACUUCCAACCCACUUUUGCCUGCCACCUCCUGUUCUUUCCUCUGUCUCCCACCUCCCAGACCCCUCUUGUCCCCUAUUUUCCCCAAACCCUAACCCCUAACCCAGGCUCCCACCCCCCUGUUUUUCCCCACAAGCUACAACCAGUUGCAUCAAGGCUCAAGACACUGUAACUCUGUAGACUGAAAAUGGUGUUUUUCAGACUCUGCAAUAUUUAUGUUCCUUCCCCCAAUAUCAGAGUUGUAAGGGUUGCAAGAAGAUAUCCAGAGGGAGUAAGUAGUGCUGAAGUUAGAAAAGGUGUUUUUUAUGAUGAUAAUGAUAAUAUUUUUGUUAUUCAUAGGAAACAGGAGAUUCUGGUCUUACUUACACUGGAUUUUACCCACUAUAUACUGCUGUAUACUAUUCUGAAAUUACUCUGUUUUGACUGCCCUUUUUUGUUCUGUUGUUUUAGCGGUGGAAAGGACAGUUGUUACAACAUGAUGCAGUGUGUGAAACAUGGUCAUGUAAUUGUUGCACUGGCAAAUCUCAAGCCUAGUAAUGGAGGUAGAGAUAUUUUCAUCAAUGUGAUUGGCUGUACCAUUGCAUUUUUUGAAAAAUGGAUAGAUUUAGCGAAGACAACACAACUUCAAUUAUGGAAAGGCAUGCAGAAAAGACUGAAUGCGAAUUUCAGUGCUUGAUUUGCCAUUGUGCCAUUCUUGGUCAAGCUGGUUCAGAUCUGCUUAUUCCAUUGUCACAGUCGUCACAAAGUCUUUGAUAAAUCUGCAUUAUAUGAAAAGUAGAGCCCAGUUAUCAGUCGGUUUGCUGGCCACUGGGGUUACUGUAGAUGGACUUUUCUUUUUGAAUGGUUAAGUGGCCUGUGGUCGUUAAGAAAAUAAAUAAUUAGCUGGUGCUUUUUUUAUUAGUUUUUAGUUUGCAAUAUUGGUAUUAAUGCCAUGAGAUCCUCACUCAACUCUUUCAGGUGUAUGUUGUUGCUCAAUUUUUUAUGGUUAAAAUGCUAUUUUCCUGUGUUUUGAACACAUUAGCAAACUAAGUGUCCCAUAUGGAAAAACAAAGGCAAAAAAUUGAACCAAGGCUAAAUGUGAAUCACAACACAAUCAUCCAGGAUAAGCUUUAGUCAGCCUCCUUGAAUUGUCUCAAUGCUUUAUCUCCUAAUAGUGGCCAAAAAACAUUCAAAUUUAUUUUUGUAAAAUCCUAACCAGUAAAUAGUACUGUGCAAAAGUUCUGACAAAGAGGUUUCAUUUGAAUGGUAACAUCAUAGGAUGUCUUCAACAGAUUUAAAAGUUGGAAUUUCAAUUAAUGAUCUCACCAUAACUCAGCCUUGGGCAGAAAUGGUUAAAUCAGGCCAUCUGAUAUUACACGAUGGUGCGAUUUCGCACAAUUGACCUGAAAUUGCAUCCGAUCACACAAUUUGAGGAAAAUUGCAUAAUUCGUAAAAAAAUGCUAAAUUCAAGUACAAAUUCCAACUUUAAUUAAACAUUUUCCCAAUCUUGAUGUUAUUUGAGGUGAUUUACCACUAAAGAAAGCCUUGCAAGACAUCUCAAACCAACCUUCGAUCGUGGUAUCUGUGCAGCCAUUUUGAUUUCAGAGACAAGCAUCAUGGUCAGCGGUGUAACGGCGUCAUGUAUUAUGAAACAAGUGUCCUUUUUCUUUUCUUGGUCAAUAUAAUCAGACAAUUUUAAAAUAGAUGUUUUAUUAUUCCUUACAUUCAAAUUGCCUGUUAAAAAACAUUAAAGUGGUUUUUUGCCUUUGAAACCUGGUAAAACAAUGUAAAUUAGCCCUGGAAAAAUCGCAUGAUUUAUCACAUAAUAGUCCUAUCUUAUCGCACAAUUUCCCUGAAAAUAUCGCACAAUUUCGGAUUUUUUAUCACACCCUAUCAGACGGCCUGUUAAAUACUCCUUUUUUACCUAGUUAUCCUUCCUAAGCAUCCUUCUUAAAUUUUGUGAACACACCUCUUGCAAUUUAUUCAAUGAUUUUCAUUAAUAAAAUGUCCUUUUUGAUUUUUAUGAUGACAGCUGAUGAGCUUGAUAGCUUUAUGUACCAGACAGUGGGGCACAAUGCUAUUGACCUGUAUGCACAAGCUAUGGAUCUACCCUUGUAUCGUGGCUUGAUCUAUGGAUCAUCAGUUGCUCAAGGCAAAGUGUACACUGAAACAGACCAAGAUGAGGUUGAAGACCUCUACAAACUUCUCAAGAAAAUAAAAGUAUGUCUUGCUGUAAAUCAAACUUACAAGUGCAGGAUACCUUCUUCAGGUUUCUUUCUAGUAUUAAAAUUAUGUAGCCUUUUCAUCCAAAAUAAUUAAUGAUACUGUCUGAUAGGGAUCUGCAGGACUGGCGGGAAACUAAUGUAACAUAUUCAGAGAUGGCAAAAAUUGUUAUUACUAAGGUGGACUUAAAGGUUGGUCUAGUUUAGAAAGAGUUAAAUGCAAAAGCAGAAAAUGUGUCAGCCCUUUCAGCCCUUCACUUCAUUCAACUUCUAAAUGGUGGACACAUUAGAAAUCAGAUUUUGUUUUAUUUUAUAGGAGGAUAUUGCUUUUGAUGCAGUGUCAGUUGGAGCGAUUUUGUCUGAUUACCAAAGAGUCAGAGUAGAGAAUGUGUAAGCUGUGAAUCACAUACAUGUAUUAUUAUUAUUAUAUGUACUGGUAGAUAACACAGAAGCUUUCAGCUCUCCUAAGUCUAUGCAGGAACCAAGCUCCUUCCCUAAAGAUCUUCUCUUUUAUCUGCCUUGAUAAAAUUAUUGUUUCUACAUUUUUUGUCUGAAGAGGCAAACCUCUUAAGAGGGGAAAUCUAAGGAACAGAGCUACAGCUGUAAGUGUCUGCAUUACAGAGAUGCCUGAUUGUAGAGGAAGAGAUUGUGUCGUUGAUUGUUUGGCACCUUUGCUUCAAAACAACAAGUGCAUAAUACAGAGGUGUCUUUAAAGAAUGAUUCAAUAGUUCUUGAAUAAGGGGGAGUGGGGGGUGGGGGGGGUGGGGGCAUAAACUAAGGUCCUCAUUACCUCCUCAUCUAAUGCUACAUUCUUCCCCUGAUUCACAUGCAUCUACAAGGCAUAUUAAUUCAAGGCAUAAAACCAAACCAAACUCAUUAUUUUGAGAGGUGAAACUUGAUACAUAUAGUUCCAAGUUGUCAUGGUAAACCUGUGGCCCUCUAACAACCAACUGGAGACAAUUUUCAGAUCAAAUUGGCAUUUGGACAUUUGUUGGUUUUUAAGGAGAGGGGAAAAACGAGUACCCAGAGCAAAACCACUCAUAGAAAGAACCAGCAACCAACUACCGGUGUAUAUAUACUUUGUAUGACAUCAAUGAUGCGACUUGAACUACAGCCACAUUGGCUUCAGGCAAGUGUUCUCACCUCUGUGCAAUCCUUGCUUCCCCAUACUUGCCUUAAGGUGAACAGGAAGACAUCUAGUAUAAUUAUUAUCAAAGGGUGUGUGGGGAUUUAGAUUGCAUAUCAUUGGUGUGGUAUAGUCAGAACAACAAGGUAUAAGUUCAAACAUUUUUUGUGUGAUUUCUUUCAGCUGUUCCAGGUUAGGACUGUCUUCAUUAGCUUACCUUUGGAGACGUGACCAACAAGAGCUGCUCAGUGAAAUGAUCUCUUCAGGAAUUGAAGCUGUUUUGGUCAAAGUUGCUGCAAUGGGUAUAUAAAGUCACUUUUUGUUAAUUUUAUUUUGAUACAAAUAAAAACUUCCCAAUUUAUUAUUAAUUUUAUUUGGCAUUAUUCUUUUGUAUCGGGUCUUAAGCAUAAGUUGGUGGAAAAAGCUUACUUCUUAAAAUAUGACUAGGACUUUUUUGCUCCAAUAAGACAGGUUUUAACAAACAUUAAAUUUUUUAAGACUGGUGUUAAUACAUGUAAAACCUGGACUACAGGAAAGUCAAGAAAUUACACAAACAAAAUACACAGAGCACCAAAGAUAAAGAUUAUUUUAUUUUGUUUUUAAAAGUCAAAAAGAGGUUAAGGGGUUUUUUAUUGUGGAAACUACGCUUAGCUUAUCCAACUAGUUUACAGGCACUCCACUCUAAAAACCACAUCUGGUAGGAGGCAACCAGGGCUGAGUUGCUUAAAGCUGGGUUAAGGUAACCCAGGGUUAGUGCGAAAUUUGAAUUCAGAUUAAAAAGCAAAUUCAGCCAUUUAGUUCUUUGUUUCUAUGUAAUAUGAUGAUUCGAUGAUCUUAGAAGAAUAGAGAAAAUUAUCCGAGAAAAUGCUUUCCAAUAUAAGAAAAAGAAACCCGGAUUAAAAGUUAACCUCAGGUUCGUGCUAAUCGGCCUUCGAACAACUGGGCCCUGUUGGCUAUCUACAAGCAAGGCCGAGGAUUUGAACUUGGGAUGACAGAGAAAAAUCCAGCUAGUGGUCAGAGUGGGACUCAAACCCAGGACUGCUUGAUUGCGAGUUUAAAGAUUAAUGCCCUGGCUACUCAGUCAUGCUGUCCCCAAACCAAUCACUGUUUGUGUUAAUACAAGUUAUUGAUUUCAAUUAUUAAGAUCUUAUCUUCUGGAAAAUGUUUUUAUUGAUAAAGAAGUACACCAUUAUGAAAAAAUAAUAUUGUCGUUGUGAUUUCUGUUUUCUUUUGAAGAUCUUAAUCCACACAAGCAUUUAGGCCUGUCCAUAUCAGAAGUAUAUCCUCUCAUGUGUAAACUGGUAAGAUACUGACAACUUACAUGAGUGAUGGAGUUGUUUUUAUUGAUUUGUCUUAUGAACUGUUGGUUGCAAUGUUUCAACUGUGUGCUGUUGGUCUUCAACAGGCAAUGCUGUCCAUUAACUGUGUGUAAGGCCAUGUCAGCGAGCGUAAAAUUUUGAUGAGCAACAUGGCCAUUGGACAGCUGAAAUUGCAAUAAAUAACACAAAAAUGUGUUGAAACUAUGAAAAACUACUACACUGUAUACUCUCUUUUUUUUUCUGUUUUCUUGUGAAACACACAAAGAAUAUAUAAUUCACCAGAGCAAAAUCUGACAUAGUUAAUGAUUUACUGUUUCAUUUAUUUUAGACUUGGAUAGCAGUUAUCCAAUCCCAUACAUUUGCACUUGCUGUAGCUCAGUUUUCUGUUGUGUUUUGAUACAAUUGAACCUCCCGGUGUGACCACCUCCCAUAAGCAACAACCUAUCCAAAACACACAGUUUUGCCAAACCAAGCCUUGCCAUUUAGAACCUCUCAUAAAUGACCCCAGCUCUCUUAAGCAACCGCGACCACAUCUCAGUUGACAGUUUUUCGAUUUUCCAUUGUUUUGACCUCCUAAAUGCAACCAUUUGCAUUUACUGUAUGUACAACCCAGCUCAGAGUUUUUGAGGUACAUUCAGUGACAACAUGGCCCAGCCCAUAUUAUACCAAAGGAAUUGUUUGCAAUAAAUUCUCUUUCCUGUUUGUAGUCUACAUCCUGUGCCUGUGGUAUGACUCUUGUACUAAGCACUAAAACAACAAUCUACGCAUUUUGGGUGGUUGUUAGUACAGGCAGUUCAACUAAAGUUAUGAUUAUUUCAUGUCUUUUAGAACUGCAAGUAUGGCUCAAAUGUCUGUGGUGAAGGAGGAGAAUAUGAAACCUUUACAUUAGACUGUCCAUUGUUCAAGAAGAGAAUAAUCAUGUAUGUGUAACCAAUACCUCAGGUAGUUAUUUAAGUGGUAGCAAGAUCGUUGUUAAUAUGUAUCUUAUUAUCAUAGUUCUUUGUUUACAUAACUUUUGAGUCUGUUGAUGAAAUCCUAAAGUGUGACCAUUCAAAUGAAAGCUACUGAGCAGUACUUUCCUGUGGUACUGUUUAUUAUUCUGUACAAGGUGGUUCUAACUUUUGAGCCUGUGAAUGAAAUCGUUAAGUGUGACCUUUCAAAUGAAAGCUACUGAGCAGUACUUUCCUGAGACACAGUGCAAUAUACUGUUUAAGCUGGUUCUAACUAUGGAGUUUUUGGAUAAAAUCCUUGUGUGUAAUUAUUUAAAAACUGCUUUAUGCAAUGAUUUUUUUGCAGAGAUGAAAGUGAAGUUGUCAUUCAUUCCGAUGAUGCAUUUGCUCCUGUUGGUUUUCUUCAAUUCAAGAAGAUGCAUUUGGAGGACAAAGAACAGGUGUCUAACCUAUUUCAGAUAUUUUCCAAAAGUAGCCUUUCCUUAAAAAAUCUUUGUAGGUUGAAGAUGUUGUUGUGUUAUUAGGGAGUGUAAGCAGCAAUGAUGAUGACCAGUGUUCAAUGUAGAAAUUAGUCAAAGUGGGUCAUAUGUCCAACAUGACAUUUUAAAUGACAAAAUAACCUAUAUAGCUAGUCAGUGAUGAAAUACAGAAAAAUCGCGACAGAAACCAUUGAUACUACAGUGUAUAAUCUAUUUUUUUUUUAAUUUUGGGAAAAAAUGGGCCAAAUUCCAACUAAAGGGCAGAAAAGCUCAAUAUUCAAUAUUACUUGGGAGAUUUGGUGACCGGCACAGUAGAUCAGGAAGUUAAUACAGUAUCUGGAAGAGUUGGUACAUUAUGCAUUUGUUUAGGGGAGGUGGGUGGGGGAAGGCUGGCUUUUUUUUGUUAAGGAAGAUGAUGUGUCUAAACUAAAUAAUAAUUUUGUCACCAGCAGCGCUAGUAAUAUUGGUUUAAAGCAACGGAAGUCACUGGGCAUUGCUAAAGUACAGUCUUUGAGUUUUGUAAAAUAGUUCUAUAAUUAUUUUUUAUCUUUUCUAGGUCAGCUCAGCAUUUCUUCAAGACAACAGAUGUUUGGAUGAUUUUGGCAAGUUAGAAAUAGAGGUAGAUUUUGAGUAGAAAAAGUAAAAUGUGUCAGUAAGCAUGUUCAUAUUAUUAUUGUACGUAAAAAGAGCACAUAUUUAUAUGUUGUACAAUGUAGUUUAUUUUUUAUUUCAGUUAAUUUUUUGAUUUUUUUUUAAUUUCUGGUUAAUUUUUCAAGGGACUUGAAUGCCUGCAUCCUUAAAACUGACUUUGCAAACUUGCGGUUUCUUGAGGUUUGAGAAAGACAAAGCAUGUCAAUCAAUCUUAAUUAUAUUGCAUGGGAAAAUAGCCUUAAGUUAACCUGAAAUAAAAACUAAUCAGUUCUGUGUAAAGCUUUAUUUUACUUGAGGUAUUUAAAAUUUACUUGUCUUGAAUUAUUUCUUAGCUUAUUUAGGCUCUGGUGUAAAACACUACCAUUGACAUUCAGUUUACAGCUGUUGGAGGGGUGGGGGUCAAAAAGGCAAGACAUAGUUGUAAAGAUAAACUAACAUUUUUUUCUUUAAUAAGACAGGUAAUUUAAAUGGUGCUGAGAUUCCUAGAGCUCUCAGAAAAGGACUGAAGGUAAAGAUCCCUGUACAAUCUCAAAGACACGAGAAAGGUAAGGGAAAUUUGUUCCUCUUACUCUAAAAUUUAGUCAUAGAAACAUUGGAUCAAUUAAGUUUUUUGGGCAACUACUACCUACUCCUCCCCUAAGCCAACAUUUUGCCCCAAGUGAGAAGUAAGUGUUAAUGUUGGGUUAGGGGAGGGGUAGGUGGGUAGUUUCCCAGAAACCGAAACUGCUCCAAAACAUGUACAGAAUUAUUCCAUCUUUGAGUCUGUGGAUAAAAUUUUAUAGUGUAACCACUGAGCACUACUGAGCAAUGAAUUUUUGGUUCUAUUGUGUUAAGAAUUGUAUUAACAAAGUAAUAAUUUUAUUAUUGUGUUACUCUAGAAAAUAUCCAUAUUUCCCUGUUGAGGAUUUUUUGCUUUCCCCCACCCCAUUCCUGGAAAUUCCAGUUUUAAUUUGUACCUCUGUUGAAAAAUUUGGGACUUUAAGAACCACAUGUCUGGAUUUUUCUCACUGCUAGAUCUUAUAAUUAUAAAGAAUCUGUUUUUUAUAUCUAUGGAGAAAAUCAUAUGGUGUUAUCAUUCAAAUGAAACCUCUAUGCAAACCUUGUGCAUGCUACCAUUUACUUUUAGUGACUUUUUUGUUUUUUUUUUUUGCUACUACUGGAAGUGAAAGUGAGUAAGUUUUUUCUUUGACUCUCAGUUGUUAAAUCUGUUUACUCGACAGGUCAGAUGUCUUACAGUAAGUGUGGUGAUUAUAUUUGGGUUACUGGCAUUUAUGGGCAUUGCACUGUCGAAGGGAAAACACUAUCUAUUGAAGAUAUUACAAAAUCAGUCCUGCAGAGUUUGUCUGGUAAGUAGCUCAGUGAGUAGUGUGUACAUGUAGGUGUCUUUCAACAGUUUCCAGCAGUUGUCUGCAGUACUACUUUCAUGGAUCCCUUUUUCUAACUCUUUUGUAGUUGGUGGUGCUACAGUAAUCAUGCCAAUUUAACAGUAAAAAAAAUUAAGGGUGUUUUCAAAAGGUUAUACUGUUGCUAUGGUAAUUACAUCACUGAUUAUGAUAUAAUUUGGUGUACAUAAUGGGCCCCACUUUUCAACUUUUCUUCUUUCUAUAUGACAAGUGUUUUGGGGGUUGAAAUAAUAUGCAUGAUAUAAUUAUCUUUUUCUUGCCCUCUUAUAUUUUUAUUCAGCCUUUUGCCUAAGUGCAACCCCCUUGUUAAGCAGAAUGAACCAUAAUUAUUUUUAGUGCAAAAUUAUAAUAAUUAUUAUUAAAGUUAGUGACUUGAUUAGUACAUUCUAAAAUAAUUAUUAUUCAAACUCGGAGGGAACCACAAGAAACUUUGUGUCAAUUUCGAUUUCCAUAGAGACACUAAGUAAUUUGAAAGCAAGCUUGAAGGAUGGAUUAAUAAUUCAUGUGUUUGUGAAGAAUAUGGAUGACUUUGCUCGAGUGAACUCAGUGUACAGAACCUUUAUAACAGUUAACCCUCCUGCAAGGCAAGUCACAGCAUAGAAAACGUUUAUCUGCAUUUAAAAGUAUUCUUAAUGAUAGAAAUAGAAAACAGCCAAGAUUUCCUGAUCCCUUUCAGGUUUCCUUGUGAAAUGGCAUCUGAGGAACAAUCACAGAAAUUCCACGCAUGGCCACUACCCAAAACUGCUUCCAACUGGUUGAAGCAAAUUUGUGUUUUCCCAUGUGGCACAACCAAUCAGAGGCACUACGGAGAUCUGGGUAGUGACACACCAUCAGUAUGGAAUUUCCCCUCUGUUUUUCUCGGAUAUCAUUUUGCAGGGAAAUCAGUGGGGGUGUCUUGAAAUGUCAGCUGUCACUGCUGCAAAUAUCCGUGUAAUACAUACAUGUAAGGUGUGAGUGGGAGAUCUGUAUGGGCAUUUACAUUUGCAAGCCAAAGGUUACACUGAGCCAUUGUAAAGGCCCACACAGAUGGGAUGCAAAAUAUUAUUGAUUUGUUAUAACUUGAAUGUAUAAUUACUGAAUCAAUGGCCAAAAGUUUGGCCAGGGCUGAACUUCAGACAUUGGGAAUACCAAAUCCCCCUAAUACAAUAUUAUGGUUGCAGGUUUCUGAUAUAAUAUUUCAACAUAUAUUUUUCUUACACUUGACUUUUUGUUUCAAGAAAACUAUUUAAUUAUACAGUAAAACCCCUCUGGUACAGACGCUGAGGGGAGCAUAGAAAGUGUCCGUAUGAGAGGGGUUGUCCGUAUAAAGUGGGUUGAAUUUAGAGAAAAUGUAAGGGCUUUCUUUCCCCAAGGACAAAGCAAACUGUCUGUAAUAGUAAGGUGCUCAUAUUAACCCUUUAAGCCCUAACAUACAGGUACAAAUUCUCCAAAGUGAUCUACAUAUGCUUCCUUUAAGAAUUAGUUGAGAGAAUUUAAUGAAAGAUCAAGGCAUUUUCUCUUUAGUGAUCAUUUCAUUAAUUCUCCUAACCUUAUCUCUUGAAAUGUAUGGAUAAUGUUAGGAGAAAAUUGAUGUUGGUCACUAUUGGGACUUAAAGGGUUAAGUAGGUGUCGGUAAAGCAGGGUUUGACCGUACUUCAUUUGCUUUACAGGGCAUGUAUCCAGUUAAACCUACCUGACGACAUCGUCAUGCAGGUUGAUUGUCUUGUUUAUAGCCCUAGCAACAGGGAGGCUUCAUCACGAGAGGCUAUGCAUGUUCAGAGCAUUUCUCACUGGGCUCCUGCAAAUAUUGGCCCUUACAGCCAAGCAACUAAGGUAAUAAGAAGGUGUGUUGUAUGUGUAGAGCUUUAGGUCUUUUAGGGAUCUGUAGCUUAAUUGGGAUUGUGAAAGGUUUGAACCCAGAAGUGAUAAGUGGGUGGAGCAUGAUCAUCGGGGCGAUCGUAGUCCUGAAUAGGACUUUUGUUGACAGUGACUGACGUUUCGACAACCUGUGCGAUUGAAGUCUGCACAAGCCUGAAUUUUAUAGCUGCAAUGAUCUUCUUUACAUUAAACUCUUUUUGCCAUUGAUUUCUGUAAUAAUUAUUUGACAAUUAUUCCUCAAGCCCUCAUGGACUCUGAGUCAAUAGCCCAUGAGGCUGAAGGCCGAAUGGGCUAUUGACUCAGAGGCCAUGAGGGCGAGAGGAAUAAUAAUAUUUUUUUAGUAAAAUCCUACUAUAGUUGGUGAAAUAUAUCGAGAAUAAAAAAAAUUUAGCUAGUUAAAGCUACACUUUAAUCCGUUUUUGCCACCAAAAAGCCCGCACUUUUUGCUACUAGUGGGCUAUAACAUAUAGCCUAGUAGUAGCUCAACCAAUCAGAAUGCAGCAUUGAUAAUAGACCACUAGUUGGAUUUUAUUAAUGAUUAUUAACUGGGGUUAUACAGAGCAAUAAUGUCAUGUUUGAUUUGUAUUUUAGAUUAAAGACACCUUGUUUGUCUCUGGUUCUAUUGGCUUGCUGCCCACAACUAUGACAAUAGUGUCAGGUGGAAUAUCAAAAGAGGCACCUCUGUCUUUGCAACAUGUUGGAAGAGUUAUAUCUGCCAUGUCUCCUGGGGAAUCCCUAAGAAGUAUCAUUCAUGGAUUUUGUUUUUUGACAUCAGCUGCAUAUGUGUCCAUUGCUAAAAAUGUUUGGUGUCAAGCAUCAAAAGUAAAGGUACUUUUAUUUUAGGGCCAAAAUCGGCUUUGAAGCCCAUAUGGCUGCAACUCUGGGUCUGGGUUAACCGUAAACAGGACAUAAAAAUAAUAAUAUAAUAGGCUUUUUGGUAACUUUUUGCAUUCAGGCAACUUAACUCAGAAUCCUGGAAUGGGAGAGGAGGGCACUCAGGUAUAAUAGUGAUGUGGACCCUGCAUGUUCAACUGCAUUCUAGACUAGAAAAUAACAUUAUUCCUUUCCUAUGCCACUGAUCAAACCAUACCCUAUCCUUGAAAAUAUUACCGUUCACAGCGGCACAUACUAAUAUAGCCCAUAUAUGGCAUUGCCCACAGGGAUUGUGACAUUUCAACCACUUACAUGUACUGUUGUUCAAUCUGAUCUUCAUCGUCUAAAUCAUCAUGUCAGUUGGCUGUGUACAACUAUAUGUUAACAGAACCAAACGAGUACUUGCAUUCCAGCUUGUUGGGAUCAUUGUACGUUUCUGGGAAACUGCUCACCUACCCCUCCCCUAAGCCAACUUUAACACUUACUUCUCACUUAGGGCAAAAUGUUUGCUUAGGAUAGGGGUUCCAGGGUCAGUUGUAUGCUUAUCUUAGUUUGCUUUAUAAUCACCGGAUAACUUGCCCGAGCACUUGCCCAUUGGGCAAGUGAGCAUGAAAAGUUUCUUGCCGUUAAGAAAUUCUACUUGUUCUAGACUACUGGACAGGCUUUUUUUUUGGAGCCCUGUGUGGUUAUUGGUAAUGGGUGCAAAUUGAUCCUCACUCAUGUCUAAAUGUAUUAACUGAGUUUGUUUGUAUAGACCACAGAGAAUGGGGAACAAGAUUUGGAGUCCCACGAGGGACUAAUAUCGUACAUCAUUGUCCCUGCUCUACCAAAAGGAGCCCUGGUGGAAUGGCAUGUUGUGGCACAAGAGAACCAUAUCCAACAUACAUGUAUGUUUUUGAAGUGCUAAGUGCAGAAAUAAUAGUAAUAACAAUGAUGAUGAUGAUGAUGAUGAUGAUGAUGAUGAUGUUGAUGAUGGUGGUGAUGAUGAUGAUGAUGAUGAUGAUGAUGAUAAUUAUAAUAAUAAUCUGUUACCAAAGUAUCCAGUUCAUAGAAGAAAUGUGUGAAGUUUGUCAUCUCUGGGACCCAAGAAGCCUGUAUAUAUAUGUUAAACAGGUGAAAUUUGAUUUCAGGUAAAAUUUGAUUUAACCUAGGUUGAUUCUCAAUUUCCUUUGUCUCCUAGCCCUAAGAGACAAAGGAAAUUGAGAAUCAACCUGUUAAAACAAUUUAACCUGAAAUCAAAUUUGACCUGCAACAUACACAUGACUACCGUGAUCAGUAGCAAUAAUGUUCAAAAUUGAAUAGAUGACAUUCUGACAGUUGCUUUUCUUUAACAUAGAUAAUUUCACAUGCACAUCAAGGGAGAUUUUCAGUGCUGGUGUACACAGUUUUGCUGUUGAGGGAAAUUGUAACAACAGCCUAGUUGUUAACCUUGAAGUUGGUAUGUUUGAUGUACACAUUCCAUUUCUAUUGUGUCAGAGAGGAAUGUUGCUUUGUCGUAACUUGCACAAUUCUUUUGCAGGACAGAGAGUUUGUAUUUUUUAGGUUUGCAGGUUUGAAUAAAGUCCUGUGACUUGACUCAGCCCUUACGCACGUAAUGAGAAUUAUUCAUCAUCAGUGGUACAUGAAAUUAAACUCAGAACUAGAGGAUCACAAAACAGACAUUUUUUCUCAAUAGCAGAGCGUAACCUGCAAAGAAGUGGCUGUACUUUCAGUAAGAGUGAUGAUACUAUUCUUGGGACUAAUUCUCUCCCACCAUGUGUGACGUUGAAACUAACAGGGAGUUGGGGCGAGUAUAAAAAUGAUUUCAAGGGAGAGGAUGAGGGUUUCAGAUAACAGAGGGGGAGGGGAGGGGAGGGUCAGGAAAGGAAAAAAUAUGCCUACACACAGCCAUUGUUUGUUUGGCAAACCCUACUCUGAUAGACAGAGGCUCUGACUGAUGCACUUUCAGAUUCCACUGUUCAAUGUCUGUCUCUUCCCUGCCCCUUCUCCCUUGCCCACCCCCUCACCCCUUAGUUUUAUAUUUGUUGUAAAGAUGGGCACCGCCAUCACCACUCAGUCCUGUGUACAUUUUCAUUUUUGUGUAGGAUUGUAAUCAUAAUUUUCAACAGGAACAAACAUGAAAAACUGAAUAUUUAUCAUGAAGUUUUUUUUUACUGGUUUUAAAGUCUUAAUUGUGAGAAUAGAGGUCAGACUUGCUUCCAUUAGCUUAAUGACAUGUUUCCUAGUGGUGUGAGGGCACAAAUCACAACCCCACCCCUCCUCCCCACUGUUGCCCAUGCCUGUACUCACAGUGUCCUUUAUGCACUUUACAGAAAGUGAUUCAAGUGAAUGCAACUUGGAGGAAGUUAUGGAGACACUUAUGAGCGAGUUACAAUGUUGCACCUCACAACACAGCAUGGACAUUACUGAUGUGAUAUACAUGAGGAUAUUUUAUGUCAAAGAUGUCCUGGACCAUUGGAGGGCACAGGACUUCAUACACAUGUGCCUUGAGAAGGUAACAACUUGCCCGCCCGCUGUUUCUCUUACACCUGUGGAUGGUCUUGAAAAGGAGAACACUUUUAUGCUUGUUUCUUGUCUUCUUCAAAGAACAGAGGAGGGAAUCCAAGAGUGA